UGCCUUUCUACUCCCACCAUGGACGCGCCGCUAGAGCUCCACCGCGUCGCGGAGCUGUGGUUUGACGACGGGAACAUCGUGCUGCAGGCGGGGCGCGCGCAGUAUAGGGUGUACCGCGGCAUUCUCGCGCGGCAGGCGUCUGUCUUUGGCGACAUGCUCGCGUUUCCGCAGCCCGCCCCGGGCACGUCGGGCGACAAGGUUGACGGGUGUCCGCUGGUGCAGCUGCAGGAUGCGGAGGCGGAGCUUACGCCGUUUUUGAAGGCCAUCUUUGUGCCUUUCUCCUUCCGGCCGUUCCCGGCGCCGACGACCGCCGACAUGGUCGUCGGGUGUGCGCGGCUGGGGCACAAGUACAAUGCGCCCAUCAUCCGCCGCCUUGCACUUACGCACCUGACCUCCGCGCUGCGCACGACACUCGCGGAGAGCGACGCGACCUGUUACGAGACGGACAAGUCGGACCGCGGGCCGAGCGCCGUCGCGUCGUGGGACUGCGCGUGGGAAGACCACCUGAUCGCUCUGGUGCAGCUCGCGCGAGAAAUCGACGCGCCGUGGCUGCUGCCGUCGCUGUUCUAUCUGAUCGCGAGCAAACUGGACAGCAUCGCGGGGCAGCUCGUCAACGGGACGGUCAUCCACGGCGCCCCGGCCCGGCUCGAUCCCGGGGACCAAGAGCGCGUCCUUCGCGGGGCCAGCAGGCAGCAGCAGGCCGCGUGGACCCUGGCCGAGUUCAUGACGCCCGCGCCGCCGAGCGUGUGCCACAAGGACACUGGCAUGUGCCCGCUGCGGAUCAUGCGCACGGCGACGUCCGCGCCGUUCCGCGACCACGUGCACCGCCACUCGCAAGUGCCGCUCUCCUUGUUCGAUGAGCGCUUGGGCGAUGACUGGCAGGGCGCCGACUGGCAGGCGGUUUGUCAGACGUGCAAGGCGCAUCUGCACGGGGAGCUCAAGGCGGCCCGCGGGGCGUUCUGGGAUUCGCUGCCCGAGCUGUAUGGCCUCCCGACGUGGGCGGAGUUGGAGAACCUGAAGCAGGCGGCCAUCGGGGAUGAUUUGCUUCUGUAA